AAUGGGAGGGAGCAGCAGGUGGUUGUCGGUUGACACUUCCGCUGCCAAGCCGGUUCCUGGUCUGGGAACUUGAAAGGACAGUUAAGAAUUGGCGCCCGUGGUACGUAAUCUUAGAACUGCAGGGCUGGAAAGGGCCCUAUGGAUCCCUGAGGCCAGCCCUCGUCAAGGAGACACAGUGGAGAAGCCAACUGAGCUCUCCAGCAGUUCUCUUCCCAGAUGAGAAGUAACAUUUAAUCUCCUUGACAUCAGUCAAGGAGAUUCCAAAAGCCUCCUCUUUUGGAAAACAGUUUUCGAUCUCUCAGCAGAAUUUGACUUCAGACAUUAUGUAAGAGAAACUGGGUGGGGGCUACAGGCCAUAAAGCAGUUCCAAACCAAUUAAACAAAACCUAUAGGCCUGUAGAUUCAUUCCUGCGGAGUAGAGGAUGCAUGUAAGAGGGCGGCAAGAACAUGUGUUGUGGAACCACUAUACGCCGUAAAGCUGUAUGCGGCUGUGGUGGUUUUAGAGAGUAAAAUGCAAGAGGACAGUGAAGAGAAACAGCAUUGGGUGGGGAGAGCUUUCUCGGUUUCCCUAGACAUAUCUAACCUGCCUCCCCUCCCUGCGCUGGCAGACAAGGAUGCAGAGCCUGCAACCAGAACCUGCUGCUCGCUACCGGAAUGUGCUGGAGGCUCUGUGGCGGAUUGUGCGGACUGAAGGGAUCUGGCGACCCAUGCGUGGAUUGAACAUCACAGCCACAGGGGCUGCCCCUGCCCAUGCCUUGUAUUUCGCCUGCUACGAAAAGUUGAAAAAGACACUUACCGACAUUAUCCAUGCUGGGGGCAAUAGUCACGUGGCCAACGGCGCAGCAGGCUGUGUGGCAACAUUGCUUCAUGAUGCAGCCAUGAACCCAGCAGAAGUGGUAAAGCAGAGGAUGCAGAUGUACAACUCUCCAUUCCAACGAGUAACAGACUGUGUGCGUGCUGUGUGGCACAAUGAAGGGGCAAGUGCAUUUUACCGAAGCUACACGACUCAGCUGACCAUGAACAUCCCCUUCCAGGCCAUCCAUUUCAUGGCAUAUGAAUCUCUACAGGAAUACUUCAACCCCCACAGACAGUACAAUCCCGGCUCCCAUAUGGGGGCAGGUGCCUGCGCUGGUGCCAUUGCUGCUGCUGUCACCACACCCUUGGACGUUUGCAAGACACUGCUGAAUACCCAGGAGGCCCUGGCAAUGAAUACCAACAUCAGUGGGCAUAUUACAGGCAUGGCUCACGCAUUCAGGACGGUGUACCGUGUGGGCGGGCUGACUGCCUAUUUUCGUGGAGUACAGGCUCGUGUCAUCUUCCAGAUGCCCUCCACGGCUAUUUCCUGGUCUGUGUAUGAGUUCUUCAAAUAUUUCCUCACAAAAUGAAAAGAAGAACGGUUGGCUGGGAAGUGAAAUGUGACUUCUCCCGUUGAAUUGGCUGGUGCCAGAUUCAGAUGACAAGCAAGCCUCUGGAAUAAUGAAUCCGCCUCUUGCCUGUUGCUGCAUUUUGCACAGUUCAUCAUCCUUCUCCUUGAAAGAUGUUAUGCAACGAGCAGCAGGUUGCCCUGCCCUUUCCUAGCCUGUCACCUAAAAAGCAUCUCUCUUGUUCCACCAAUGGUUUUCUUUUUCUAAAGCAGAGGGUGACACCAGGAGCUACUGUGAGCACACUGGAACCCUGGGUGAUGGCCUGCAUCCCCAGAAGUGGUUGUAAUGAUGCAUUAGUGGUGUUAGAGGCAGGGAAUUUGUUAGCGGAGCUGUUGUCUAGUAGCACACAUAGACCUCAUGCUCUCUGGGAAGGCUUUGAUUGUUGUGGCCCUUGGCACUUCCAAUAAAGUCUACUUUACUGUCA